AUGGGGCUGGCGGCGUCGCCGGAGCUUGGCCUGGGUUUGAAGCUUCCGCUUCCGCCGCCGCCGCGCUCGCCCGCGAGGAGGACCGUCGUCCGGGUCCUUCUCGAGGCGGCGGCGGCGGCCGGAGAAGGGAGGGUGGCCAAGCUGGAGGAGCUCCUCCAUGGCCUGGAGGAGGAGCGGCGGAAGAUCCAAUGCUUCCCGAGGGAGCUUCCUCUUUGCACGGUCAUCGUCUGCGAUGGUGGGUCGUCUUCUUCCUCGGUUCCGAUCUCUGGAUUAGAUUAUAUUAGAUUUCCUCCAUCGUUCCCCCUCCGCCGUCGUCCUGGUUUUGAUUGUCUAUUUCGGGAAACGGUUUUCUCAGCGAUCGAAGAUUUGGAGGAGGAGCUGGCGAGAUGCGGCGGCGGCAACUGCGCCGCCCAUCCGAAGAUGGAGCAAUUCAUCCCCAACAGAAAAUUCGAGGAAGCGGGGAGGAGCAAGGACGAGGAGGACCGUCGGGAGAAGGCCAGCUGGAUGAGCUCCGCCCAACUGUGGAGCGACACCUCCUCCACCUCUAACAGCGGCGACAACAAGAACAGAUCCAGAGAGGUACGUUUUUUGAGAACUUCCAUCUUCCUUCUCGAGACCUCGAUCUGAUUCUGAGACGGGUUUUCGUGGCUAUCCCAUCCGCAGAGAUCCCCGGAGGAAGAAGAUGAUAGGUUAAAGUGUCUGCCAGCGGCGAGUUGCAUGAACGGGAUGGCGGCGGCGGUGCCGCGGCUCUCGGUCCUCUCUUUCUUGCCGCCGGCGGCGCUGCUGCCGCCGUCGCCGCAGCAGCCACCGAGGAAGGCCCGGCGGUGCUGGUCGCCGGAGCUCCACCGGCGCUUCGUCGACGCCCUCCACCGGCUCGGCGGCCUCAAAGGUCGGUAGAUUGUUCAAUAAUCAUAGCUUAUGGUAUCUCCCGUGAAAUCCAUCGCUGAUUCGGGUUCUUCCCCUGGCAGUGGCGACUCCGAAGCAGAUCAGAGAGCUGAUGAAGGUCGAUGGGCUCACUAACGACGAGGUGAAGAGCCAUCUGCAAGUGAGUCCCUCUCUCUCUCUCUCUCUCUCUCUCUCUCUCCUCUCGCUAGUUCACCAAGCCUUCUCUGAUUAUCUCUCUCGAGUGCAGAAGGAUCUCAUUUCUCAUUCUCUCUCUCUCUCUCUCUUCCUUUUAUGUUGCAGAAGUACCGCCUGCACGCCCGGCGGACGCCGGCGAUCUCCGUCCAGGCGAACCAGUCGGCAGUUAAGACGGGGAUGUCUGUGGUAGACGCCCACAGCUACGAGGAGAUGGAGGAGGAAGACGGCAGAUCGGAGAGCUACAUCCGGAGAGGCCCACACGCAGAAAUCUAG